AUCGUCCGAGGAUUCGAUGUGAAAAGCUGCUUUUUUGCCUCGUCGUCGUCAUGUCUGUGAGUCCUGCUGUGGUUAUGCGGCUGGUGGCUUCUGCCUACUCAGUGGCAGAAAAGGCCGGAGCCAUCGUGAGGAAGGUCCUUCACAGCGGAGAACUUGGCAUUGUGGAAAAGACGGGGGUUAAUGAUCUGCAGACACUUGCAGACAGGUUAGCACAGCAGAGCAUUUGUGCAUCACUGUCCAAGAGGUUUCCCAAAAUUACCAUCAUCGGAGAGGAGGAGCUCCCAGCUGAGGAUGUGAGGGAAGACCUCAUUGAGAGCGUCCAGGCAGAAGAAAUCCUCCAGAAGAGCUGUCCAGCAGAAUACAGCAGCCUGAAAGAGGAGGAGCUAGUUGUGUGGGUUGAUCCCCUUGAUGGCACAAAGGAGUAUACUGAAGCGCUGAAGUUUCUGCAUCCUCCUCAGAUGGGAGACAGAGAGUUGGACACGUGUCGGCUUCACUGCACAGCUCUCUGGCUCCUGGAUAAUGUCACUGUGCUCAUCGGAAUUGCACAUGGAGGAAGAGCAAUUGCAGGUGUCAUUAAUCAGCCUUUCUACAACUACCAGCUUGGAGCAGGAGCCACACUGGGGAGGACCAUGUGGGGGAUGCUGGGAUUGGGUGUGUUUGGAGUUCAGCUGCAGGAGGUUCCAGGGGAAAGAAGAAUUAUCACCACCACACGAUCCCAUAGCAACAAGCUUGUAACAGACUGCAUAGAUGCCAUGGAACCUCAUGAAGUUAUAAGAGUGGGCGGAGCAGGAAACAAGAUAAUCCAGCUCAUCGAAGGGAAGGCGUCCGCUUACGUCUUUGCUAGUCCAGGGUGCAAGAAGUGGGACACGUGUGCUACUGAAGCCAUUCUGCAUGCUGUUGGAGGUAAACUGACAGACAUGCAUGGGAAGGCGUACCACUACGACGCUGAUGUGAAGCACAUGAACUCUGCCGGUGUUCUUGCUACACUACGCAACCAUGAUUACUACAUCAGCAGAGUACCGCAGUCAGUGCUGCAAGCUCUGAAGUCGGACUGAGCUCUGUCAAGUGAUGUCAAUUCAGCCACGUGCAAAGAUUUGCAAAUCCACAUAAAAGUUUAUUUCAGUGCAGAAGAUUGAAUGUGAUUUCUAAAUCAAAACAGACCUACGCCAAAAAAAUAAUCGACAAAACAGGCUCCACUGCACCUCCAUUUAUUCAAUCAGCGGAAACACAUUUUGACAUCUCAAAACUCAUAACACCCCCCAACAUGAAGCAAAUGCAUUUACAGAGCAAAACAAAUACACAUAAAUGUUACAUUCUUAUGAUUUAGCUGAAUUUUUCUUUAGUCCUUGAGCCACAAUAACAUCAACAAGAAUAUCAAAGUCAUGAUUAAGGGCCCCUUCACACAUACUGUAAAGUUUGGUCGAAUACAGUGAAACAGUGCGAAUUGGCGCACCACGAAACAUCACAACAUCAUUUCCUAAGUGCCAUAUGAGCAGUGUUAGCUGUCCGUGUGUGUCACCUGAAAUUUGGCUGGUGCGAUGGGUUCGGACAGUGCACACUGUCUUUCAGCCACUGGUGGGCGCAAAUGGCUGUAGCAACAGGUGUCCAAGGCAUCAGGUGCGAUUCUACACAUUUUGAAUACAAUUCUUACUUCAUGCGCACUUAGACUUCGCACUGUGUGUGAAGGGGCCCUAACCUCUUUAAAAGCUUCAGCCCCUUUCACACCGGACCUGCUUCACGUGGCGUCAUGACAAGGCAGGAAUGUUUGCAUCAGGUGUGUGCAGCAGGGAGGCAGAGAAGGAGCUGCAGGCAGACUCUGCAGCCAGACUGUGCACUCUGAUUUCUCUUCUAGUUUAUAUUUGUUCUUGUGCAGGGCUGCACUCUGAUUUCUGUUAUUGUUAUCUUUCUUACUGUGACUGCGAGCUGCAGCCGGCACGCGCAAACGAACUGUCUGAGUAGAAGUGGAGAUAUCCGGAGUUAUACUGGAUGUGGACAUGUCCUGUCUCUGGCAGUCAGUCUGUGAGCAGGACUUAAUGGACUUUAUUUAACACAAUCGUGAGAGAUGUUGACAAGGUGAGCGCAAUGAACUGCAGUCAGGCUGCAAGCUGAGCUUUUUUUUUUUUUUUUUCCACAUGUGCUCUUUGAGCGGUGUAGUUUUACUGCAUUGUGCACACAGUAUAAAAAGAAUCCUGUGUGAUUUAUAGCUCGGGAACAAUGAAACAGCAGGAAUCAUAAAUUGCCAUUAGGUAACAUUAUUUUGUGUGGGUGUGGUAUCCAGUCACAUUGAGUACUGUUGCGUUGCCUGGACUUGUGUUGCAACUACUUCCUUUCUACUUCCUGUGCUUGAUGCAGAAAAAAAUUAAAUUUAAUUUUUGCCAUCGGGUUCACUUCGCCAUUUGCGUCCCUCUCGGUGUUGAGCUGCAUCGUCUUUGCACUAGGUUGCAUCAGCGUGGAAUCGUCAUGACGCCACAUGAUGCAACUCAAAGCAGGCCCGGUGUGAAAAGGGCUUUAUGCAAGUGUGACAACGUGCAAACAAGACAAAUGUGACCACU